UGCUGAGAACACUGGAUAAAUAUAGCUCCAGCGAGCUCAGUUCCACAAAGUCAUUGCUCUCAGCAGCCUGCAAGGAGCCCAGGAGAGGAGAAAUACAAUCUCAGAACUUCACUGCCAAAGCUUAGCUCCCACAGAGCAACAGUUGUGGGUGGGGGCAAAACAACCAGGAGAAAAGACUUUCUAACAAAAGCCUGGGUGAAACCUAAGAGAGCAUUUGUAGCUCCUCUUUCUUCUAACUGGUAUCUCUCAGAACAGAAACUACGUUCCUCUUCGGCUGUCUGUUUCUCUGUUUCCUGCAUGACUUCAGUCCCUGGUAGAUCUAGAAAGAAAAGAAUGAUCAAAGUUUGCCCGGUGCUCUUCUGGGCCUGGAUACCUUCAGUCUUGGUCAUGUAAGCUAUGUUUAUGAAGUCUUCCAAGAACACACAUCCUUCUAAAGAGCUGGCAUCUUAAGUCCUUCCUUUCAACUGGCAGAUCAAAAUGAAAUCUCGAAAUCAAGGUGGGGAGAGCUCAUCCAACGAGCAGUUACCCAAGUCAAAGACCAUUAUCAACUCUUCAGAAAAUCAAAACCUUCAGGAAGAUAGUAAGAAAAAGAACAAAUCUAAUCAGAAAGAUGAAAUCUCAGGUCCAGGAACUGUGAAGCAGCGCAGCAAAUUACAAGGGCCUAAUGAGCGGAAAAGCAAGAAAUCAAUAGAACUUUCUAAAGAGGACCUCGUCCGGCUCCUGAGUAUAAUGGAAGGAGAACUACAGGCUAGAGAAGAUGUGAUCCAUAUGCUGAAGACAGAGAAAAUCAGACCCGAAAUCCUGGAGGCACACUAUGGCUCUGCGGCCCCUGAGAACGUCCUCAGAAUAUUGCAUAGAGAUGCUCUUCUGUCCAAAGAGAAAUCAAUAGGAGAAGAUGUUUAUGAGAAGCCCAUUUCAGAGCUGGACAGACUAGAAGAAAAGCAGAAAGAAACAUAUCGGCGUAUGCUUGAGCAGCUUCUUUUGGCAGAAAAAUGCCAUCGACGCACAGUUUACGAGCUGGAAAAUGAGAAGCAUAAACAUACUGAUUACAUGAACAAAAGUGACGACUUUACCAAUCUCCUGGAACAGGAGCGUGAACGAUUAAAGAAACUUCUUGAACAGGAAAAAAUCUACCAGGCUCGCAAGGACAAAGAACAUGCAAAGCGCCUCAGUAAGCUAAGAGAAGAACUUGUUAAACUGAAGUCGUUUGCACUUAUGCUGGUGGAUGAACGGCAGCUGCACAUUGAGCAACUUGAUCAGCAGACUCAGAAAAUACAAAAUCUCACCCAGAAAUUGAAAGAAGAAGAAGAAAAGUUUAAGGUCCUAAAUUCCAAAGCAAAAGAAGAUGGGCAGAAAUUAAUAAAGCUGGAGGCUGAACUUGAGUACAGGACAGCCUCAUAUUCUCAAGAGCAUGAGGAGAUGACUGCUAAAUUUACCAGUCAAGAAUCACACAAUAAGCAGCUCAGGCUUAAGCUAGUGGGUUUAACCAACAGAAUUGAGGAGCUGGAAGAAACCAAUAAAAGUCUUCAAAAGACUGAAGAGGAGCUUCAGGAGUUGAGGCACAAAAUAGCCAAAGGGGAAUGUGGGAACUCCAGCUUAAUGGCUGAGGUGGAAAACCUUCGCAAGCGUGUGCUUGAAAUGGAAGGCAAAGAUGAGGAGAUCACCAAAACAGAAUCUCAGUGCAAAGAGCUGAAAAAGAAAUUGCAAGAGGAGGAACACCAGAGUAAGGAAUUGAGGCUUGAAGUGGACAAACUGCAGAAGAGGAUGUCAGAACUUGAGAAGCUAGAAGACGCUUUCAGCAGAAGCAAAUCAGAAUGUACCCAGCUGCGUUUGAACUUGGAGAAAGAAAAGAGUUUAACUAAAGACCUGAUCAAUGAGUUGGAAGUAGUGAAGAUUCGGGUAAAAGACUUAGAGGCUUCAGAAACCAAGUUGGAAAAGGCAGAAUUGAUCCUAAAAGAUGACCUGAUGAAGCUGAAGUCUUUUACUGUCAUGCUGGUGGAUGAAAGAAAAAACAUGGCGGAUAAAAUAAAGCAGGAAGAGAGGAAAGUGGAAAGCCUGAAUAGGAACUUUAAGGUGGAGCAAGGCAAAGUUAUGGAAGUGACUGAAAAGCUAAUAGAUGAAAGUAAAAAACUUUUGAAGCUGAAAUCUGAAAUGGAGGAAGAAGUGUCCAAUUUGACCAAGGAAAAGGAUGAGUUAAUUAACAAGCUAAAAAAUGAAGAGGAGAAAUCUUUGCAGCUAAACUGUACAGUGGAUCUAUUAAAGAAAAGAAUUGAUGGCAUAGAGGAGGUUGAAAGAGAAAUUGCCAGAGGUCGUGUUAGAAAAGGACCAGGGGUUUCUGGACAAGAGGAUAACAAGAUCAAAGAACUAACAGUUGAAAUCGAAAAGCUAAAAAAUCGUCUUAAGCAGUUAGAAGUGGUUGAGGGAGAUUUGAUGAAAACUGAGGAUGAAUAUGAUCAGCUGGAGCAAAAAUUUAGGACUGAGCAGGACAAAGCUAAUCUUCUUUCCCAACAGCUGGAAGAAAUGAAGCUCCAGAUUGCUAAAAAUAAAGCAAUAGAGAAGGGAGAGGCAGUGAGUCAAGAGGCUGAGCUGAGACAAAGAUUUCGGGUGGAAGAAGCUAAAAACAGAGACUUGACAGCAGAAGUACUGGCUCUUAAAGAAAAAAUUCAUGAGCUGAUGAACAAAGAAGACCAGCUUUCCCAGCUCCAAGUAGAUUAUUCAGUCCUCCAGCAAAGGUUUCUGGAAGAAGAAAGUAAAAACAAAGCUAUGGGACAGGAGGUGCUGAAUUUGACAAAAGAACUUGAGCUGUCUAAACGCUAUAGUCGUGUCCUGAGACCCAGCAUGAAUGGCAGAAGGAUGGUUGAUGUACCUGUUACAUCUACUGGAGUACAAACUGAUAUGAUGAAUGGUGAAAUGGCAGAAGAAGAGACACCUGCUGUGUUCAUUAGGAAAUCCUUCCAGGAGGAGAACCACAUCAUGAGCAACCUUCGGCAGGUUGGGCUCAAGAAACCCAGUGAGAGGUCAUCUGUGCUUAACAGGUAUCCCCCAGCUGCAAAUGAGCUUACAAUGAGAAAAUCUUGGAUUCCCUGGAUGAAAAAAAGAGACAACAGUUGUCAGCCAACUCAAGACAAAGGAGCCAGAGUUCAAACCAGCCCCGAACGUCCUGGGGAAGUGGUUCUUUCUCCAAAGCAGGGGCAGCCUCUUCAUAUUCGGGUAACACCAGAUCAUGAAAACAGUACAGCAACUUUAGAAAUUACUAGCCCAACAGCUGAAGAUUUCUUCUCAAGUACCACUGUUAUUCCUACCUUAGGAAAUCAAAAACCAAGGAUCACCAUAAUUCCUUCUCCUAAUGUCAUGUCCCAAAAAGGGAAAAGUGGUGAGAGCCCAGUGGGUCCAGAGAGAGCAAUGUCACCAGUGACUCUAACUACUUUCUCCAGAGAGAAAUCUGUAGAGAGUGAGAUGUCUCCAUUCAUGGAAAGGCCCAUGUCCCCAAUUCAGAUCAUGACCUUAUCUACCUCUGCAGCACCCACAGAAAUUACUGUAUCCCCUGAGUCACAGGACAUGACCAUGGGGAGGGCUGUGUUUAGAGUGACACCAGAGAAACAAACUGUCCCAACUCCAGUCCGACAAUAUAGUCCAAAUACAAGCAUCAUAACGACUGAGGACAACAAAAUUCAUAUCCACUUAGGUACUCAGUUUAAACGUUCACCUAGCACUGCUCAAGAAGGAAUGAGUCCUGUAAUUACUGUCAGGCCUAUGAAUGUAGUGGCAGAAAAGGAGGAUAUGACAGGGACUGUUCUUCGGUCCCCCAGGAAUAAUGUAUCCUCAAGAUCUGGAGCAAGCAAAGUGACCAGCACCAUUACUAUUACUCCAGUUACUACAUCAUCCACACGAGGAACACAAUCAGUGACAGGACAGGAUGGGUCAUCCCAGAGACCUACACCCACCCGAAUCCCUGUAUCUAAAGGUAUGAAAGCUGGGAAGCCAAUAGUGCCGGCCCCUGGAUCAGGAAAUCAGACCAAAUUCGAGCCUCGUGCCGAGACUCAGUCUAUGAAAAUAGAACUGAAGAAGUCUUCAGCCAGUAGCUCUGCCUCCCUUGGUGGGGGGAAGGGCUGAGGGCAGUAUCUCGGGGAGAGCAUCAUCAUUCGUCAGGUGCGCAUAAAUGCAAGAUGAGAAGCCACAUCAACUCCGUGUUAUUCUUGUGCACUUCUUCUCCACUCCUCUGGGUUGGAUCACUGUGAAAGUUCCACCUCUAUAAUUCUGAUCUUCCAUGCUACUGAUCACUCGUGGAAGUAUAUUUUACUGCUUCCGUUGGAUUUUGAUUUUUCUGUGUGUGCAUGUGCAACUUUUAUUUCUUAAGAAACUGUGUUUGCUGUUUUUUAAAACUAGAUGGUAAGAAAGGAAAAACACGUAUUUUGCAAAGCGUCCAAACCAAUUGGCAUUUGUCUGAUUUUGUUUGGUGUUUCCUACAUAAUUUAUUUUUAUAAUACACUUUGUAAUGCAGGAUUUUAUUUUGCCAGAUCUUCUGACUUCCUUGUCCAUAGCACAUUAAUUUUGUAGAAUACACUGUCAAAAUUGCCAGGUGCCAGUUUGAAUAUUUUCUGUAAGUGUUUAUAAAGAUAUUGACUUGACCUCAAUAAAGGCACCUUUUUAAGAAAACUUGUCACAGAUGUUCCCAGCCAUAAUGUGACUGUGUGACUGAAUUGCCCUGAAGACUGCUUUAUAAGAUAGUAUUAUAGAUCUUUGCACUGUGCUAUGAUUUAAUAUAAAAAUAAUUACCAACAAACCAAAGCCUUGAAACUGUAUUUGACUUUUAGGAUUGUUUUUAAAUAUUGUAUACCAAUGUCUAUUAAACAAUGCUUACAUG